UGCGCUCCGUACUGUAACAAGGAAAUUUAAACGGUAUCCAGGAGCGGAGCUGCUGUUUGUGUCAGGCGAGUAAAGCGAAUGCUAAAGCUAAAGCUAAAGCUAAUUUACUGUAUAGGUUUAAUUUACGUGUUUAAUAUUGAUAAUAAGAGUUUGAGGAGAGUUACAGUGAGCGACUGCAGCGCUGCGUUCAACCCGGUGUAUUCCACCACUGGUCUGACUGAGCUGGUCCAGUAGCUCCAUGGCUUUGCCAACCCUUUCUGCUCAUUGGCCGAGUCGGACCCGGGCUCUGGAGCGUCAGAUGGUGCGUCAGCGGGAGCAGGAGGCUCGCUGGAGGCAGCAGUGGGAGCUCCACUCACAGUACUUUAAACAGCAGAACGUCCACAGCAGCAAACAGGCCCACUGGAGCUCCAGAGAGUCCUACCAGCAGAGCAUGUCUGCGUUCCACCGAGAGCAGAUGAAGGAGGAGAAGAGGCGGAGUCUGGAGGAGCGAAGGGAGCGUCUGAGGGCGAUGCUGCAGGAGGAGAAGGACCAGCUGGAGGCGGAGCUAAAGGCCAGCGUGCCAGACAGGAGAGCAGCGUCCAGACAGAAGGUGGAGAGAACGGAGGAGCUGAGAUCAGCCAGAGAGGAGCGCAGGAAGAAGCUCGCACAGGAGCUGCUGAAGGAGCACUGGAAGAACAACAACCCUGAACUCAGGAAGGUGGAGUCAGAGCUGCAUAAGGAUCAUGUGGUGAGCCAAUGGCAGGUGCAGCAGCAGCAGAAACAACAGGCGGAGGAGCGGGACGCUGAGGAGCAGCGGCGCUUUGAGAACGAGUACGAGAGGAGCAGACGGGAGGCGCUGGAGAGGACGAAGGAGGCGGAGCUUAGGAGGAAAGAGGAGGAGAGAGAGAGGGCGGAGCAACUUCGCAGACAGAUGCAGGAGCUCCGGCUGAGGGAGGAGGAGACUCGGCGGCUGCAGAAGGAGGAGGAGGCUCUGAUGUCUCAGCGCUGGGAGGUGGAGCGGUUGGAGGAUGAAAGAAAGAGAGCAGAGGAGAGCAGGAGGAAAGAGGAGUUUGGGCGGUUCCUGAGCCGUCAGUACCGCGCACAGCUGAAGAGACGAGCACAGCAGGUCCAGGAAGAGCUGGAGGCAGACCGCAGGAUCCUGGAGGCUCUGCUGGAGGGGGAGGAUGAGGAGCAGAGGCUGCAGAGCGCGAGGAGGGAGAGGGCUGUGGCUGACGCCGCCUGGAUGAAGAAAGUUCUGGAAGAGCAGCUGCAGCUGGAGAGGCAGAGAGAGGCGGAGUUCGACCUCCUGCAUCGAGAGGAGGCGCAGAGAGUGUGGGAUAAGCGAGAGGCCGAGUGGGAGAAGGAGAGGAGAGCCAGAGAGAGACUCAUGCAGGAGGUGCUGUGGGUGCGUCAGCAGCAGCUGGAUGAGCAGAUGCAGGAGAAGCGGAUGGAGCUGGAGGAGUCUCGGCGGAGGAAGGUGGAGCUCCGGAGGCUGAUGGAGGAGCAGGAGGAGGAGCAGCAGCAGGAGAGGGAGGAGCAGGAGCAGCUCCGCACGGCACGCAUGCAGGAUAUCAGCUCACAGGUGGAGCAGAGGCGGCGGCAGCAGUGGGAGGAGCAACAGAGAGUAGAGCAGGAGGAGGCGGAGCAAAGGGAGGAGCUUAGACGUCAGGAGGAGGAGCUCCGCCUGGAGACACGGAGGAUGGAGUCGCGGGGAUACGAGGAGAGGAUUCGCAGCAGACCCCGCUCAGCCUGGACAUGAUGAUCACACUCGGACGCCUCACAGACUUCCUCGCUACAGUCUUCCAUCCCAGAAUUCCCAGCACCAGCCCUGCAGAGGCUUUACUGUUACCUCAGCUUUUAUACACCAGACUCAGCAGGUCAGCAGGGCUGUUCUGUAGCAGAUAUGUGGCUAUAUUUAUACAGCAGGUAAAUGUGAUCAAAUCCAAUCUUUUGUAUCGUAUGUGAUACAGGUGUGAACAGCAAAAAAUGCUCUGAAUCUGAUAUUUUCUAUUUCCGAUUUGAAAUUUAAUAUGUACAUGUAGGAAUUAAUUGAACUUUUAUUUUAAGAAGAAAUAAAAAAGGGCAUAAAGAGAAGGAAAAAAGUUUAAAUGAAGUUUUGAUGAAAUUACCAAACACGAUCACAGGAGGGCGCUGCUGCAGCAUCAAAUGGAGAUUAAAAGUGAAGAUUAAAAACAAACAAGGACACAAACCAUAGUAAUAAGCAUGGCUGCAAAUCAUGCUCUGUUUACAGAGAGCUGGAACUGCUAGAUAUCUCCUGUGAUGCUGAAAAAGAUGAAACUGAAACUUCACGUGAAGCGCUGCUCACUUAAAUGCAUAAGCACUUAGUUUAGGAGCCUGAACUGUUCAGACCAAUGUUUGAUAUAAAUCAUAUUAAAAAAAAAAAAAAAAAGUAAUAUGUAGUGUGACCAGACUAAAAUAUAAAAAAAGAGAUUUAGUGAGAGAAUUUGGGAUUUGGGUUAUUAUAUAAAUGUUUUACCUGCUGUUUGAAUGUAGCCAUAGAGUCAGUCAGUAAGUUAAAACUGUAGCUAAUAAUUUGCUUUUUUAUAACUAGUCACUUUUUAAAUCAAGCAUUUUGCCACUGCUGAUUUUUGUAGUUUUCUAUCACGUAUUAUUUUUCAACUUGUGAGUUUUGGCUGAGUGUUAGCUGAUGGUUUAUGAGGGAAAGAAUAUUUGUAUGUUUGUUGUAUUUAUAUGAUUUUGUAUGUAGUCAAAUAUUUAAAUAAAAAAUAGGCUUUUGAUGAAAAAAAAAAAA